UGCAUUUACUGGAAUGAGGAAGUAGACAAACCACCUCUUCAAACAUAACUCACAAGGAGGAAACACAACAGCUGCACAGAUCCUCCUCAACAGACAGCAUGAAGGUGUUUCAAGUUGCUCCUCUUCUCUUUCUGCUGAUUUACACCACCUCCAGUACCAGCAAGUGGCCAACACACACAGUCUGCAAGAAUGACAAUUUGGAAGUCAAGUACAAAAGCUGUGAUCCACGGCAAGAUAUUGCCUUUAGCUUCGAAAGUUGUACCAGUACUGCACCCCAAAAGACUAACAUUAGAAUCGGAACUGUUUUAAGGUAUCCCAUCAGGGAACUGUCUGCAGUUGUAAGUCUCGAUAUUAAUGGGAAGCAAGUCCCAGUUUAUUCCACUACAAUUUGUGAGCGGGAUCGCCCACGGUUUAGUUUCUGUGGAAAGAACAAAGGAGAAUUUAUCUACUAUGAAGGGCCUGCCUCUAUAGGAUUCGAUGAAAUCCCCCAGGGAGACUUUAAUGCAAAGGUGGAGCUAUUUAAUGAGGACCAUCACAUUAUUAUCUGCGCUGAUUUUAUUGUCAAGAGUCACAAUCAGGAAUUACUGUCUUAAUGCUGUCAAAAGGAAAAGAAUCUAAAAACAGCAUAAGUUAGAGAAACAAGGUUUAAACACUCUACAAUCUGCAAUCCUUAUCCAAUUAUGUAAAACAAUAGAAAAUAGAGAUUUGA